GAGAGAGAGGGAGGGAGGAGCCAGUCUGUCAAGGUGAACUGAUAAACCACUUCACGUCCAACACACGACGCGCAGCUCGCGGCAGCACCGCGCAUGGAGGAGAGGGGAAAACGGAGGAGCUCACAUCCAUUAACGGACGAUAACUGGAGCAGCCGGUGGACAGGCCUAUACACACACCGAGAGGGAACAGGACCGGUGGAAAGUCUUGUUUUAACCUCGGUUGCUUUUGUUAUUAUUAUUAUUUACUAUUGUUUUUUUAAUGUUGGACCCCAAAACUUAGAUGGCACGGAGCGAGCUGAGUGCGUCAUCUCGUCGGAGGAAUUAAAAAGAGCAGCGUGAGGCAGAGGAUUCCUGCUGGGAUCUGAGAGGGAAGAAUUUGGCGUCCUGGCGGUGUAGACAGACCCCCGACUCUGGUCCCCCGCAACCCUGAAGGGACCAGCUUGAUUUCACAUGAACGAACCCGUCUGAGAGGGACUCACACAUCACCUCUGGGGUUUUUUGACGCUUCUGAUUGGACGUCGCAUCAGUUUGUCUGACCCAUAGGCCUUUUGUUUCUUCUAGUUUCAACUUUUUUCCCCCCUUCUUUUUCUCUCUUGAACAUGAGGUUCUGCCUCAAAAAUCAGACGACGAUGCUGUUGCAACUUUAUUUUCCAUCUGAAAAGAUGGAGAAGUUUACAGCCGCCACAGCUUCACCAGCCGUUCAAGAAAACUGAGAGGGUGGAUUAUUGAAAGGAGUCUGGUGGAGCCUUUUGGAGAGUUUAAGUGGAUGUUUGCUGCUGCUGAAACACCUGCAAAGGUGCAGAGUUUAUUAGUAGUCUGGAAUAACAGUGUGUGUCUGCCAGUGUGUGAAUGUUGGUGUUUAUCCUGAGACACAUUUCCAUGUAAAUAAGAAGUGCUGCAGAGGAGCUGAACAUCUGGAGGGACACAGAAGAUUUGCAAACCAGAUUAAAUAAAUGUAAUAUUCCAAAAAAGCACAAGAUUGAUUGUUUUAGUGAAUUUGGUGGUGGUGCAGCAGAUCAUUUCUAUAGAUAUUAUUUGGACAAAAAUCAUAUUUUUUUACUCCCAGUUUCAACCGUCACGCCUUAAACGUGUAACGUCCUGUGAUUUACAUACAUUUAUCUCCAAACCGAGCAGACAGAAUUGGUUGUGGUGAGACUAACGAGCCGCCACCGCCCCGGUUUCCGAGGCAAUUAAUCUCAUCAUCAACUUUUUGCAUUCAGGUCCUUCCUUUGUGCACCUCCUUCUAGAAAAAACAUUUGAAUAAGAUUUGAUUUAAUAAGAAUGUAACUACAUAUGAUUACACAUUUUAUUGAGGAUGCUGCUUUUUAUUGAUGGACAGACCUUCAUAAACACAACCAAGACUGUAAAUUCAGAACGUCUAAUGUUCAGGCAUGUCACAGUUAUGUUUCUGAAAAGAUAAAGAUUCUACUGAAUUUUACUGUUUUUAAUUGAAAUUAUUAUUAUUUUUAACUUAUUUAGACAGUUCUAGUCCAGUUCUUGGAUGCCUUUUUUCUUCCAAACAAGGAAACAGAAGCCAUUUCAAUAUCUGUUUAAAUCUUGUGAAGUAUUGAGUGAAAGAGCUGCCAUCUUGAAGCAAACUUGCCACUGAGCUCCGAAUCAAAUUUGAUGAUUGAUGAUGAUGAUUUUGAAGGAUUUUGUAACUUUAACUGACUCAAAUUCAUCAGUAUUCAAGUUAAGUUGACUGAGACGCAACUAUUAACACCUUUUUAUCACCUGCUUUUAUUUUUUUAGUUCUCACAUUGGAUUACAGCCUUCAGGAUAGCAGUGUCAGGACUUUAAUUGGCAAUAUAGAAUUUGGCUUAUUGACCUUGGAGAGACGAGUCACAAGCUUGCCAAGUUUCACGGCGCCCAGAGGACAACAGGACCUCACGUACAUCUCGUCCUGCACGUCUGAAAUCACCUCUUCCUGCCCCGGGGGGAAAAACACGCAGCACGUCCCGUCACCGCCAUGGUGAUGUCGCAGGGCACCUACACCUUCCUGGCCUGUUUCGCCGGCUUCUGGUUGGUCUGGGCCGUCAUCGUCAUGCUCUGCUGCUUCUGCAGCUUCCUGCAGCGCAGGCUGAAGCGCCGCCACGAAGAGAGGCUGAGGGAGCAAUGUCUGCGAACCGUAGAGACUGAGCCACUUGGCUGUCACCCCGCAGGAUACCCUCCUCCUCUUCCUCCUCCUCCACCUCCACCACCACCUCCAUUGCUGCCCAGGGAGCCACCGCAGUUCUCACCGCCUCAGACCUUGUUGCCGCCUGUUCCUCUGCAGGUUCCUCAUCCCAUGCCGCAGGCAAACUGGAUCAGCAUGCCAGACACAGAUAUAUUUGGGAAGCCGCCCUGCUAUGAGGAGGCAGUUCUGAUGGAGGAUCCUCCUCCGCCCUACAGUGAGGUCUUGGCUGACCCACGGGGGGGCACCUACCUGAAGCCUGCCCCACUCCGAGCUGCUCCGCAGCCGCCUCCUCCCAGGGAAUACCAGGAUCCUGCUCCGGUCUUCACAUCUGAGACCAGCAAGCCUCCCGUGACGGCUGUAUUCCCCGAGCGAGCUUACUCCUCCCUCAUACGUCUGCCUUCUUCCCAACGCUGGGACUCCCUGGGUCAUCUCCUGUCUAACAUGGACCUGAACCACAACAACCUCACCCCGCCGGGGGCCCGUUCCAUCCAGGCUGCUGCAGCAAUGGCUACCAUGCCCCGCCGAGAACCCAGGACUCACCAUGAUGGACUUGGGCUCCGAGGAGGGCUACAAGGACUCCAAGGAAGCAUACAAGGACUUCCGGGAGGUAUACAAGGACUCCAAGGAGGCAUACAUGGACUCCAAGGAAGCAUACAAGGACUUCGAGGAGGGAUACAAGGACUCCAAGGGGGAAUACAGGGGUUCCAAGGAGGGUUACAGGGGCUUCAGGGGGUACAUGGACUGAGGGGACUGGAGCCCAGCUGUGGCCUGCCAACAGCCUUUCCCCUGCUGGGUAGGAGCACCGCUGUCUAGACCUGGAUGCUUACUGGAGGAGUCUAACCAACCAAUAUGUUGGUCUAUCUCUGAAGAGCCUUCAAGCAGGAGAUCUAUCCUGUGCUGCUCCGUGUUUACAGCACUAACACUGCUAGAAGUAGAGAUUUAAUUACCUAAAGAGCUAAAAGAGGGUUCAAAUGCUGCAAAGGCGUCAGGAGUUCAAUUCCCCGUGCAGCUCUGUGGGCGAAGGGUGCCACUUACUCUGCUGGGACUGCAGCUUUCAGCUCUGCGUGUGGAUAAAGGAGGAAAUUAUCCACCGUUUUCAAACCAGUGUUGUUGAGUCACAGAUGUAUCCUGGUGUCAUAUCGAAAGCUAAUUGAGACUAGGUUUUUUUUAACAGCAGAGGAGGAGAGAAAACAACCAGUAAUGAGGUAAAAGGAGGAGCAACAAGCACAGCUGUUUCUCUGCCUUUAAUCUGGACUCCCUCUGCCUUUAUUUUCAUCUCUACCUCCCCCUUUUCGUGUCGUCCUGUUAUUCUGUUCAUCCCUCCUCUCCUCUCUCUGUGACUGAGCAACCUAUUGUACCAGUCUGCCGUUGCCAUGGCUCCCGGGAGCUGUCUGUUGCCCACGACGACCUCUCCUCUUUUAUCUGCUCUGAUUUUUGAAGACUGUGUUCACAGCUUGUCUCCUCUCAAGGACUGUGAGUAUUACACUUACAAAAGAACACAUGGUGACCCUCAUUGUCACCCGGUUUGUGACAUUAGAGCCCCUGGGCCAGUUUUCCCUGUGAAAAUCAAAACAAAGGUAGAGUGCAACAAGCUAGCCUGAGAACCAAGUGUACAUGGAUUGCAUUUUGUAACAUGCUGCUUUGUUGUUUUCAAUGUCGUCUUUACUACAUACUGUUGGGUCAGCUGGGUCAUUUAUGUGAAAAAAACUUUCUUUUUCAUGUAUACAUUUAUUUAGCUUUGUGACAAAUGCCUUUUUUCUUGUGAAAUAAAAACAACUUCACCAGUU